AUGCCAGAGAAUAACAGGUCUAGCAACCACGUUGCCCCUCGCAGCCGCUCUCGCAGCCGCUCUCGCACGCGCAAGGCAAGCCGCACGCGCUCCAACACCCCCCGUCGCACCAAGGUCCUCACGCCUGAGGAGGCGUACUACGCCACGGUGGAGCGCAAGUUUACCCCGGAGAAGGAUGAGUGGAAUGAGGAGUGGGAAUUCCAGGGCCCCCUCGGCGUUCUGCUCAUAAUGGCCGUGUCGCAUGUUCUCAUUUUCUACUUCUACGUAUGUGUAGAGAAGUUUCAGGGAACAAUCAUCUACCCCGGUCACCCCAAACUGGAGGGCAAAAAGAUGCAGACAGUGUUCUUCUCCUUCCUCGCCGAGCACGCCUGCCCAACGGUGCGUACAUUCGUCAUCUUCCUUGGCUUCCUGCUGCUGGAGUACUUCCUGGCCCUGGUGCUGCCCGCAAUCUACGUGAAGGGGCUGCCCCUCCCCUCCGAGAACGGGUACCGCCUGACAUACAAAUGUAACGCCAUCAGUGCGUGGUACUGCAUACUUGUGAUCGUCGGUUUUCUACACUACUACGGGGUAUACCCGCUGAACGAGCUGCGCCGCAACUACGGUCACUACCUCACCGUGGCCACUAUCACCGCUGAUGUGAUCUCCGUGUGGGUUUAUGUCGCCGGCUACAAGCGCCGCAUCCGCAUGACGGGCAACUUCAUAUACGACUUCUUCAUGGGCAGCGCUCUGAACCUCCGCUUGCCAGGGAACAUUGACGUGAAGAUGUUUGCUGAAUGCCGCAACUCGUGGGUGCUGCUCAUGCUGCUCACUCUCAGCUGCGCCGCGGAGCAGUACAACGAGCUCGGGUAUCUCACCGGCAACAUGAUCUUCAUGAUCAUGGCCCACCUGCUCUACGUCAACGCCGUCGCGAAGGGCGAGGAGUGCGUCAUCACGACGUGGGACAUCUACUACGAAAAGUUUGGCUGGAUGCUGGCGUACUGGAACACGUGCGGCGUGCCAUUCCUCUACUGCAUGCAGUCCGUGUACAUUCAGACGGUUCUCAAGGAGAAGGAGCACCCGCGGUGGGUGCUGGCGCUGAUGGUGUGCGUCCUUCUGCUGGCGUACUACUUAUGGGACACAACCAACUCGCAGAAGAGUCACUUCCGCAUGCGCCGCAGUGGUGUGCCAAUGAAGAUCAUCCGCAGCACCGCCUUCCCACAGAUGCCGUGGUGCUACAUUGAGAACCCUCGCACCCUCAAGAGCGCCACCGGCGAACUCUUCGUGGACGGCUUCUACCGCUACGGCCGCAAGUUGCAUUACACUGCGGACCUGGUCAUGGCACUCCUGUGGGGCUGCGCGUGCGGCUUCAAAUCUUUUAUCCCCUUCUUCUACUUUUCGUUUUUUCUCACCCAUCUCAUUCACCGCGAGCGCCGAGAUGAGCACCGCUGUAAGGCCAAGUACGGCAAGAUGUGGGAUGAGUACGUGAAGCUGGUUCCCUAUAAGUUCAUUCCGUACAUUUACUAG